UGCGCUGUUGAAUUGUCGUCCUUGUAUUCCUUCCAGUGUAAUUAUGUUGUUGAUUUAAUGUUAUCUGUUGAUGUUUACUUAGUUCAUUGAACAUGGUUUUAAGAAGCAAAAUACAGUCGCCUUGGUACAGCCAGCUCGCUCACUUUUAUACAGCGUAAUGCACCAGAUGUUCCUGAACACACAUUAACCUCGUCUCCGCAGACCAAAUUUUGUUGUUUUCUUGGUGAGAGAGAGAGAGAGAGCAAACUGUGCACGGGGAGGGAGCCAGGGAGCUACAGGGAACCAGGACGCCGCUGUGUUGUUAUGCCAAAACACUCAGCUGCGGCUUGUCAUACCCAAGUGUGUAUGACAGCCUGUGUGGUGACAUGGUGGUGUCUGUGGCUGACUGUGGCAGGCAUGGAGGUCUGGGGAGGAGGAGAGGAUGGGGAAAGAGGAGGAAGAGAGGAGAGGUCCCUUCAGCAAAUCCCCUUAGGAACCUCAGGAUUUCCCUUACCUGUGGAUAUUGACCCCAUUCUUUCAGGCCCCAGAGAACAGAUCAACCAAGUGACAUCCUUCAUUGAUGGGUCGGUGAUCUACGGGUCCAGCAAGGAGGAGAGUGACGAGCUGCGUGCCUUCUCUGGCGGCCUCCUCAAGGUGCAGCGCGGCCCGGCAAACACCCAGAUCCUCACGGCCGACACCAACCAGAUUGACUGCAAGACCUCAGGAAGAUUCAAAGCCAGGUCACGCAAGACUCGGGCAGCAGACGGCCAGCUCAAAGACAUCGAGUCAGGUUCCCCAAACAACGUACUGGAUUUGAUGGAGGUUCUGCCUAACACUGACGUCAGCGAUAUUACGGAAAUUCCUAGCGUGUUUGAGCGUGACGACCAGACACUGCCCUGCAACCACACUUUGCGUUUCCGCACAGCUACAGGGUGGUGCAAUAAUCUUAACUUCCCGUCCUUCGGCAAGUCGUUCAGGGCAAAAAGUCGACUCCUACGUCCUUCUUAUGAGGACGGUGAGUGUCUGUCUGUCUGUAUGUCUGUGUAUGUGUGUAUAUAUAUGUCUGUCUAA